UAACAAAAUGAGGAGAUUUAUUCUGAUAGCAUUGUUGUUUCUCUGCAGCUUCAGUUGGAUCUGUGAGUCUCAGACUGUGGAGGUCCAGCAGGGUGAAGAUGCCACUCUGCUGUGCUCCAACAUUUCUACAUCUCCAACCCAGACGGACUGGUUCAGAGUGGUGAACAGAACCAAACCCAGCUGUAUCUCUGCCAUGUAUGGAGCUGAAGGUGAAGCUUCAUUCUGUGAUGGAUUAAAAGAUGGAAAAUUUGAGAUGAGCUCCAACAUGUCCACUGUCUUUCUGAGGAUCAAACAAGUGGAUUUCUCUGAUUCUGGUCUGUAUUUCUGUGGAUUCUACGUAAAGAGACAUACAGUCAUUGUCGGUGCAGCAGAGCUAAUUGUUCAAGGUAAAGGUCGACACACUGAUGUAACCUACAUUGAAAAUGGAACUCAUGUUGAAGUUCAUCAAGCCAUCGUAACAGUGAUUCUGAGCAGUCUGAUUGUUUUCUUCAUGGUGGCUGUUACUGCUUUGGUUCUUACAAUCAAAAAGUGUCAAACAGAUGCAGAGGAAGAACAGAACCCUGACAGAAACGAGGACCCUACAGACCUGAUGUUCCUCACAGAAACUAUACGAAGGAGGCGGCCUGCAGAAGAGAGAGCAUUGGAGACUCAUGUUAUUUAUACUGCCAGAACAUAGACUUGGUUUCUGAGCUGCAGAGGUGUAGAUCUACAUCUCUGCACAGGAAGAAAAUCACUGACCACAAACAUCAUGAGUUGUUUUGGAGAUCAAGAAUAAAACUGUUUGCUGAUGUUUUAAAUGAAUGUAUA